GCUACUCAAAAAUGGCAAAACAAAUUUUUCUCGUAGUACUUUUGGUGGCUUAUUCACAAAGUUUUGACAUCGAAACGUUCGAUUUUCCGGACCAAAUUAAGGCGCAGCUCAUCCAGAUGUCCAACAAAUGCGUCGAAUCCACGGGAGCCGAAAGGAAAGUCAUGCGACAAUGUUCCGAAACGGGCCAAAUCCCCGACGAUCCAAAGGUGAAAUGUUAUUUGAAGUGUUUGCACGAUAAUUUUAACGUGGAUUUGGAGAAACAAGUUGCUUCGAUAACGCAUGAUGAUACCCACGCACAUGACAUUAACGAGCAUGUCCAUCAAUUGGUCGAACAUUUGCAGAAAAAUUGCGGAGGACUUUCUCAUGACGACAAAUGUGAAGAAGCCUGGAUGAAAGCAAAUUGCCAAUUGAAGAACUUCAAAGGAGAAAUUGCUUUUUGUUUCGCAGCUCCGUUCUUUGGACACUAAUGGGAAAUGCCUCCAAGACACUGAUGCACCGACAAAUAAUCCGAUAAAUUGACAAACAAUCAAUUCAACUCUUUUUUUUUCAAUUUCUUUUGUGUUUCGAAGAUGAUUUGGCAAAAAAAUCAAUGAAAAGGAUCACAUAAUCAGCAAAUCUCUAAAUAUUUUAUUUUUAUUUAUUUAUCUGUUUAGAGAUAAUUUCCCAUCAUUUGCAAAAAAAUGCAGACAAUAAAAUUCUA